CUUUUUCCUGUGGACAGUGAAUCAGAAAAAUGGUUACAGGUGCCUCCUCUUGAUUCUUUAGUUGAAUGUUGCUUAACUAAACGUUUUGGUAACAGAGCCUCUUUUGUUAAAAGUAAAGGCAGGACUUUAUUUACUCAGCCUUGUAAAAUGGUAGAAAAAAUUGCUUACAAAGGGCAACAAGCAGCUCGUCUAGGUUUAAUUAUACAGAUGUACAUCCAACAGAGCUUAGGUAAUUUUCUACAGUUUCUGGAAUCAGACAAUUUCAAUAAAGAGAAGGCAACCCAACAUGUUAAAGAUGUGUUUGCCAUGUCAACUAAGGCUCUUGACCAGUUAGGUCGUUCAGGGGCGUUCCACCAUGUUAUCAGAAGAUCGGUAGCUAUGACAGAUACUGCUCUUUUUGAGCAACCAGACAAUUUGGAAUUUUCUAAUUUACCUUUAACUGGUGAGGGUGUGUUUGGUGCCGGUUUAGAGUCUUUGUUAAAAGCUCGCAAAGAGAAAAAGAAACAGAUUGACGAUUUAAUUCCAGAUGUUAAAAGGUCUGGCUUUAAAAGGAAGUUCUCGGGUGCCCAACCAGAUUCGAGUAAAAGACCUACUCCAGAUAGAUUUUUUGACAGGCCGUCAGCUUCUACUUCUAAGUGGGAUAAUUUUCGUAUCCCAAGACUGUCAAGAGAUAAAACUGACAGCAGACCACAGUCAUCAUAUAAGUCAAGGGGCAGUUUCGGUAGUUACCCAAGACGAUCAACAUCCUUUCCAGGUAGAGGAAAAUUGGCAAAAUCAGAUGGAAAAUGACUCUGAUGUCUGGAAAAAGCUCCAUUUGAACCUUUGAGAGAUGUACCAUUGAAGUAUUUAACAUGGAAAACCUGUUUUUUACUGGCUAUAACAACUUUUAGACGUUGCAGCGAUCUACAGUCUUUACAAU